AUGGUGUUAACUCUCUGGGGUCGCCAGAUCCGAUACCACAGCCCGUGGGUACAAAGCAUCAUCAGUGGUGUCGGCGUCGGAGCUUCAGCCGGCAUCUAUGUUGCGCUUAAUUUGCUGGGAGCCGGUGGCGGCAGACCAGACUCCGCGCACGUCGUUCAAGUUGUCAACGCGACGUUAUGCUCAGUCUGGUUCUUCUCUUCCUCGUUCGGUGGCUCUAUCCUGAACAAGCUCGGCCCAGGCAUCACCAUGUGUCUCGGCGUGCAGACGUACGCUGUUUACGUCGGUUCGCUCUGGUACUACGACGAGACAGGCAAAACGGGGUAUCCGUACGCUGCCGGCCCGAUUAUUGGAAUUGGGGCUGGAAUGGUGUUCAUCACUGCGGGCUACAUCGCGACUGCGUACCCUGAAGAAAGAGAUAAGGGUGCAUAUGCGACAAUGUUGAUGAAUAUGCAAGGUCUUGGGUCGGUCAUCGGAGGCAUUAUCCCGGUCAUCAUCAACAGAAACAAAGACACUGCAGCUGGAGUGCCCCGACCAGUCUACAUUUCGUUCAUUGUCAUCAUGAUUAUCGGAGGGCUCAUUACGCUGCUCUUGCAACGUCCACAGAAGCUUAGAAGAGACGAUGGUUCAACGGUAGCUGUGCAUCCAGCUCGUGGAGCCUGGGAAGAGUUGAGGUCAAAUUUGUUGAUUUUUAGCGAUCCGAUUCUGCUCAUGAUGUUGCCGGCAUUCUUCCCAGCUGAGUGUUUCUUGGUUUACAGCGGUUCUGUCAAUGCCUACCUGAACGGCCUUCGCGCUCGUUCGCUGUUAUCUUUUGUCGCUGUCUGCCUACAAAUUCCUGCUGGCUGGGCACUGCAAUGGAUUCUCGACCGCCCAACCUGGGGAAGGCGCAAACGUGGUCUCAUCGGGCUAACCAUCGUUGCUGUUCCACUGGUCGCAGCUUGGGUCUGGGAAAUGAUCCGCGUGCGCAAUUACGACCGCAAUGUCGCGGUCACAAAUCCCACCGAUUGGGAUGAGCCGAGGUUCGGUUGGAUCUUCGUGCUGUUCAUGUUGAAUUGGGUGUUUUCACAACUAUGGCACAACAUCGUCUACUACUGGAUCGGCGCCAUCACCAACUCCCCCCAAAAGCUCACCCACUACGUCGGCGUCUUCCGCGGUGUCCUCGGCGCCGGCGAAGCCGUCUGCUUCGGUCUCGACUCCAUCAAGAUUCCUUUCCUCGCCGAAGCCGGUGGCGUCCUGCUAUUCUACGUCCUCGGCAUUUGCAGUUUCUACUACCUUGGUAUCUACCAUAUCAAGGACACGAAUUACGACCAUCGCGAAGAGGGCGCUGUCAUCCCGAACCAUAUCUUGGAGGGCAAGGGGUUGACGGAGGGGCAAGAUGUUGCGCAGAUAAGGAGGAAUUCUACUCUGGAGGAAAGCUCGGAGAAAGAGGAAGUCAAGUGGGCUAAUGGCUCACAGAAUCAAGCCGUGGCUAUUCCAGGGCGCGAAGUUGCGGCAGCUGGAGUGCCCGAGCUACCACCCGUACCGCCGGUCCCGACAGCGCUCAGGCCCGACUCAAGCCCAUCAGAUGCGGAUGGAUCCGGUGUCGCCGAAAGACCCGACUCAAGCGACCCAGUAGCCUCCGAUUCAGAAGGAUCCGGUGUCUCCGUCGCCGACGACACAUCCCCCUCUCCAGACGUACACCCCAGCCCACCAAAAUUAAUACACCCCGGCUUCACAGCACCGCACACAGACCCAGGCGGACAAUACCAAUCAUCGUCCACAGACACACACUGCACCGAUGGCUUCGGAAGCCCGGCAGCCGUACACGCAGGCUGGCUCUAUCACAUCACUCAGCAUCAGCUCUCCUCCGUGUCGUCACCGCGGCGACAGAAGGGAUCUUACAUAUGA